GUGAUACUUGGCAGUGCUGCUUCAGUCGUUUAGUGUAGGAGUUGAAAUUCUGAUUUUUUUAAUAUUAAAACAAUUGGUUUUACUUAGUAUUUUGAUAGUUCAAAUAUUUAUAUUUAUAUAUCUUCACUUUAUUAAUCAAUAGAAAUGUACGUCCUCGAUGAAGAACAAUAUAAAAAUGAGAAUUCUGAAGAGAUUUCAACAAAACUGUGGCAAGAGGCUUGUUGGAUUAUUAUUAAUGCCUAUUUUGAUGAGAAAGGCCUUGUUCGUCAACAACUUGAUAGUUUUGAUGAGUUUAUUGAAAUGUCAGUUCAGCGAAUAGUCGAAGAAUCUCCUAGAAUUGAUUUGCAAAUGGAAAAUCAGCAUAAGACGGGUCAAAUUGAGAAUAUAACAAGACACUUAGUAAAAUUCGAACAGAUUUAUUUAUCAAAACCUACCCAUUGGGAAAAGGAUGGUGCCCCGUCACCAAUGAUGCCAAAUGAAGCUAGGCUUAGAAAUCUGACUUAUUCUGCUCCACUUUAUGUAGAUGUUACAAAAACAGUUAUUAAAGAAGGGGAAGUAACAGAGACUCAACAUCAAAAAACAUUUAUUGGUAAAAUCCCAAUUAUGUUAAGAUCUAAAUAUUGUUUGCUCUCUAGAUUAUCAGACCGAGAUUUAACAGAACUCAACGAAUGUCCACUAGAUCCAGGUGGAUAUUUCAUCGUUAAUGGAUCAGAAAAGGUUUUAAUUGCCCAGGAAAAAAUGGCAACUAAUACAGUAUAUGUAUUCAGUAUGAAAGAUAGCAAGUAUGUAUAUAAAACUGAAAUCCGAUCCUGUUUAGAAAAUAGCUCUCGACCAGUGUCAACAUUAUGGAUCAAUAUGAUGUCAAAGAGUGGAACAAGUUUCAAGAAAUCUACGAUUGGUCAGCGUAUGAUCGCAAUUUUACCUUAUAUUCGUCAAGAGAUUCCAAUUAUGAUAGUUUUUCGUGCUUUGGGUUUUGUUGCUGACCGUGACAUCCUUGAACACAUAAUAUAUGAUUUUGAUGAUCCAGAAAUGAUGGAGAUGGUGAAACCUUCACUAGACGAAGCUUUCGUUAUCCAGGAACAAAAUAUUGCAUUAAAUUUUAUUGGCAGCAGGGGAGCGCGACCCGGUGUUACUAAAGAAAGAAGAAUUAAGUAUGCUAAAGAAAUUCUACAGAAAGAAACACUACCGCAUGUUGGCAUUAGUGACUUUUGCGAGACAAAGAAGGCUUAUUUUCUCGGUUAUAUGGUUCAUAGACUGCUAUCGGCCUCUUUAGGACGCAGAGAAUUGGAUGAUCGUGAUCAUUACGGCAACAAACGUCUUGAUUUGGCUGGUCCAUUAUUAGCUUUUUUAUUCCGCGGACUAUUUAAAAACUUAAUGAAGGAAGUAAAAUUAUAUGCGCAAAAAUUUAUAAAUAAAGGAAAGGAUUUUAAUUUAGAGCUUGCCAUCAAAACAAAAAUUAUAACUGAUGGCUUAAGAUACUCUUUAGCGACGGGUAAUUGGGGAGAUCAGAAAAAAGCUCAUCAAGCCAGAGCUGGAGUUUCUCAAGUUUUGAAUAGUCAUUACGUGAUUCUCAGAUUAACUUUUGCUUCGACGCUGUCGCAUUUACGCCGUGUGAAUUCGCCGAUCGGAAGGAAUGGUAAAUUAGCUCGUCCACGACAGCUGCACAACACUUUGUGGGGGAUGUUAUGUCCAGCUGAAACACCAGAAGGUGCCUCGGUUGGUCUUGUGAAAAAUCUUGCUCUCAUGGCCUAUAUUAGUGUCGGUUCACAACCCUCUCCCAUUCUUGAAUUCUUAGAAGAAUGGUCAAUGGAAAAUUUAGAGGAAAUAACUCCAAAUUCGGUGGCCUAUGCGACAAAAAUUUUUGUUAAUGGAUGUUGGGUAGGCAUUCAUCGAGACCCUGAUCAGUUAAUGACAAUAUUAAGGAAACUGAGAAGGCAAAUGGAUAUCAUCGUUUCAGAAGUAUCAAUGGUUAGAGAUAUUAGAGAUAGAGAGAUUAGAAUUUAUACAGAUGCUGGCAGGAUUAGCAGACCAUUACUGAUUGUAGAAAAUCAGCAAUUAUUACUAAAAAAGAGGCAUGUAGAUGUACUCAAAGAAAGAGAUUACAAUAAUGAUGGAUGGCAAGAACUUGUUGGAAAUGGAGUUGUUGAAUACAUUGAUACUCUUGAAGAAGAAACUGUGAUGAUAGCAAUGUCACCUGAGGAUUUAAAACAAGACAAGGAGUUUGCAUACUGUACUACCUAUACUCACUGCGAAAUUCAUCCUGCAAUGAUUUUAGGAGUUUGUGCUUCUAUCAUUCCAUUUCCUGAUCAUAAUCAAAGCCCCAGAAAUACUUAUCAAAGUGCAAUGGGCAAGCAAGCAAUGGGAGUAUAUAUAACAAAUUUUCACGUCCGUAUGGACACCCUUGCACACGUUCUCUACUAUCCACAUAAGCCUCUUGUAACAACUCGUUCGAUGGAGUACCUACGUUUCCGUGAACUACCAGCUGGUAUCAACAGUAUUGUUGCCAUCCUUUGUUAUUCGGGUUACAAUCAAGAAGACAGCAUCAUUCUCAAUACGAGUGCUGUGGAACGUGGCUUUUUCCGAUCAGUCUUUUAUAGAUCAUACAAAGAUUCUGAAAUAAAACGCCUUGGUGAUCACGAGGAGCAAUUUGAAAAACCCCAGAAACAGAACUGUCAAGGUAUAAGGAAUGCUGUUUACAAUAAACUUGAUCCUGAUGGGAUAAUCGCUCCCGGUAUUCGUGUCUCAGGAGAUGAUGUUAUUAUUGGCAAGACAAUGUCUUUACCUGAAAUUGAUGAUGAGUUAGUUAGCAGUGUAAUACGUUAUACUAAACGUGAUGUUUCAACGUUUCUACGAAAUAGUGAAACAGGCAUUGUUGAUCAAGUAAUGUUAACCUUAAAUAAUGAAGGUUAUAAAUUUUGUAAAAUUCGUGUGCGCAGUGUUAGAAUCCCUCAAAUCGGAGAUAAAUUUGCUUCUCGUCACGGACAAAAAGGUACUUGUGGUAUUCAAUAUCGACAGGAAGAUAUGCCCUUUACAUGUGAGGGUAUGACUCCUGAUAUCAUUAUCAAUCCGCAUGCCAUCCCUUCACGCAUGACAAUUGGUCAUUUGAUUGAAUGCAUUCAAGGUAAGGUUUCUGCGAAUAAAGGUGAGAUUGGCGAUGCAACUCCAUUCAAUGAUGCAGUCAAUGUUCAAAAAAUCUCAUCAUUGCUUAUGGACUAUGGCUAUCAAUUACGUGGCAAUGAAAUUAUGUACAAUGGCUAUAGUGGACGUAAAAUCAAUGCUCAAGUUUUUCUUGGCCCCACUUAUUAUCAAAGGCUCAAACACAUGGUAGAUGAUAAAAUUCAUAGUAGAGCCAGAGGGCCGGUACAAAUCUUAGUAAGGCAACCAAUGGAAGGAAGAGCAAGGGAUGGAGGUUUACGUUUUGGAGAAAUGGAGCGUGAUUGUCAGAUCAGUCAUGGAGCUGCUCAAUUUUUAAAAGAACGACUCUUUGAAGUAUCUGAUUCUUAUAAAAUACAUGUGUGUAAUUUAUGUGGUUUAAUAGCCAUUGCAAAUCUUAGAAAUAAUACUUUUGAAUGCAGAGGAUGUAAAAAUAAAAUACAAAUAUCUCAAGUAAAGUUGCCUUAUGCAGCAAAAUUGUUAUUUCAAGAACUUAUGUCCAUGAACAUUGCACCACGUCUCAUGGUUACUUAGAAAGAUUAUUUUUCUAUGCAUUGUUGAAUUUAUAACUAUUAUGGUAUGUUUUAUUAUAAAGUAA